CCGCUCCCUUCGUCUUCGGCGCCAAGUGCCGGUCCCUCCGGGGGGCACCGCGUGUGAGGCGGCCCCCUGCCCCGCCGGGCCAUGGCCUCGCUGCCGGGCGCCGUCCCGCCGGGAGGCUCCCCCUUCCUGCUGCAGCCGCGCUGGAAGCGAGUGGUGGGCUGGUCGGGCCCCGUGCCCCGGCCCCGCCACGGCCACCGCGCCGUCGCCAUCAAAGAACUCAUCGUGGUGUUCGGCGGCGGCAACGAGGGCAUCGUGGACGAGCUGCACGUGUACAACACGGCCACCAACCAGUGGUUCAUUCCUGCUGUGCGAGGAGACAUCCCACCGGGCUGUGCUGCGUAUGGCUUUGUGUGUGAUGGAACCCGCCUGCUCGUUUUUGGCGGCAUGGUGGAGUAUGGAAAAUACAGCAACGACCUGUAUGAACUGCAGGCAAGUCGGUGGGAAUGGAAGAGACUCAAAGCCAGGACACCCAAAAAUGGGCCACCUCCCUGCCCCAGGCUUGGUCACAGCUUCUCCUUAGUAGGCAACAAGUGCUACCUUUUCGGGGGUCUGGCCAAUGACAGCGAGGACCCCAAGAACAACAUUCCGAGGUACCUGAAUGACCUGUACAUCCUGGAAUUGCGCCCAGGCUCCGGAGUAGUCGCCUGGGACAUCCCUAUCACUUAUGGCGUCCUCCCGCCGCCCCGGGAAUCACACACCGCAGUGGUCUACACCGAGAAGGACAAUAAGAAAUCCAAGUUGGUCAUCUACGGAGGCAUGAGUGGCUGCAGGUUGGGAGAUCUCUGGACGCUGGACAUUGAAACGCUCACCUGGAAUAAACCCAGUCUCAGUGGCGUGGCUCCUCUCCCCCGCAGCCUUCACUCUGCUACAACCAUAGGAAACAAGAUGUAUGUGUUUGGCGGCUGGGUGCCUCUCGUCAUGGAUGACGUCAAGGUGGCCACACACGAAAAGGAGUGGAAAUGCACCAACACGUUGGCCUGCCUCAACCUGGACACCAUGGCAUGGGAGCCCAUUUUGAUGGACACAUUGGAGGACAACAUCCCCCGGGCAAGGGCCGGGCACUGCGCCGUGGCCAUCAACACCCGCCUGUACAUCUGGAGCGGGCGGGAUGGCUACCGCAAAGCGUGGAACAAUCAGGUCUGCUGCAAGGACCUGUGGUACCUGGAGACAGAAAAACCGCCUGCCCCAUCCCGGGUGCAGCUAGUGCGAGCCAACACCAACUCGCUGGAGGUGAGCUGGGGAGCAGUGCCAACAGCCGACAGCUACCUGCUCCAGCUCCAGAAGUACGACAUUCCCGCUGCUGCUGCUGCCGCCUCUCCUGCAACCAACCCCGUCCCGUCAGUGCCAGUCAACCCCCCAAAGAGUCCCGCUCCGGCGGCUGCCGCCCCUGCCGUGCAGCCACUUGCCCAGGUGGGCAUUACGCUCCUCCCACAGGCCGCGGCCACCCCUCCCGCUGCCGCCGCCGCUGCCGCUACCGCUGCCACCACCGCUGCUGCCGCCACCACCAUCCAGGUCUUGCCGACAGUGCCUGGGAGCCCGAUGCCUGUCCCCACAGCUGCUCGUGCUCAAGGUGUUCCCGCUGUCCUCAAAGUGACCGGUCCCCAGGCGGCCACAGGAGCCCCCCUGGUGACGGUGAGGCCAGCUAGCCAGGCUGGCAAAGCCCCGGUUACUGUGACCUCGCUGCCCGCCGGCGUACGGAUGGUUGUGCCGACGCAGAGUGCCCAGGGAACUGUGAUUGGCAGCAGCCCUCAAAUGAGUGGCAUGGCAGCUCUGGCAGCAGCAGCAGCUGCCACCCAAAAAAUCCCUCCUUCCUCAGCCCCCACUGUGUUGAGUGUAUCUGCAGGCACCACCAUCGUCAAAACUGUGGCAGUGUCGCCUGGAACCACCACGCUCCCAACCACCGUUAAGGUGGCCUCCUCUCCCGUCAUGGUGAGCAACCCAGCCACCCGGAUGUUGAAGACAGCAGCGGCUCAGGUGGGCACGUCGGUCUCGUCAGCUACUAAUACGCCCACGCGACCCAUCAUCACCGUGCACAAGUCGGGGACCGUGACAGUGGCCCAGCAAGCCCAGGUGGUGACCACUGUAGUGGGCGGAGUCACCAAAACCAUCACGCUAGUGAAGAGCCCCAUCUCCGUCCCAGGGGGCAGUGCUCUGAUUUCCAAUCUGGGCAAAGUGAUGUCGGUUGUUCAGACCAAGCCGGUCCAGACCUCUGCAGUCACGGGCCAGGCUUCGACCGGCCCCGUGACUCAAAUCAUCCAGACCAAAGGACCCCUCCCAGCGGGCACAAUUUUGAAGCUGGUGACAUCAGCAGAUGGCAAACCCACCACAAUUAUCACCACCACUCAAGCUAGUGGGACAGGAACCAAGCCUACCAUUCUGGGCAUCAGCAGUGUCUCCCCCAACACCACCAAACCGGGCACCACUACCAUCAUCAAAACCAUCCCCAUGUCGGCCAUCAUCACCCAGUCCGGAGCGACGGGUAGGGGCGUCGGGCAGGGGCCGCGCGAUAUGUACCCGAAUACAAUUACUCUCCAAAAGUCAGCUGACACCACCUCCUGGGUGUCCCCCAAUGGGCUGAAUUCUGAGACUGGGUAUAAGGUCCAGGCUGGUGUUACCAGUAGCCCUGGUAUCAAGUCCCCCAUCACCAUCAUCACCACCAAAGUCAUGACCUCCGGCACGGGGACGCCUGCCAAAAUCAUCACUGCUGUCCCGAAAAUAGCCACAGGCCACGGGCAGCAGGGAGUGACCCAGGUGGUCCUUAAGGGAGCCCCAGGGCAGCCGGGCACCAUCCUUCGCACUGUCCCCAUGGGGGGGGUGCGGUUGGUCACUCCUGUCACAGUGUCUGCUGUCAAGCCAACCGUCACCACGCUGGUGGUGAAAGGGACCACAGGCGUAACUACCCUGGGCACUGUGACUGGCACCGUGUCCACCAGCCUCGCUGGCGCUGGCGGCCAUAACACCAAUGCCUCUCUGGCCACUCCCAUCACCACCCUGGGUACCAUUGCCACCCUCUCAAGUCAGGUGAUCAACCCGACCGCCAUCACGGUCUCAGCUGCCCAAACUACCCUGACGGCAGCUGGGGGCCUCACCACCCCCACCAUCACCAUGCAGCCCGUGUCUCAGCCCACUCAGGUGACCCUGAUCACGACCCCCAGCGGGGUGGAAGCUCAGCCAGUGCACGACCUCCCUGUCUCCAUCCUGGCCUCUCCCACAACGGAGCAGCCGACGGCCACGGUCACCAUUGCAGACUCCGGCCAGGCUGAUGUACAGCCUGGGACCGUGACCCUGGUGUGCUCCAACCCGCCCUGUGAGACCCAUGAGACAGGCACCACCAAUACGGCCACCACCACUGUAGUGGCCAAUCUUGGGGGCCUCCCACAAGCUGCCCAGGUGCAGUUUGUGUGCGCCAACCCUCCCUGUGACGGGCAGGAGGCCGCUGCCCUGGUCACCUCCACAAUGGGGCAGCAGAACGGCAGUGUGGUGCGGGUCUGCUCUAAUCCACCAUGUGAGACCCAUGAGACGGGCACCACCAACACGCCCACAGUGGUCAGCGCCAACUUGGCAGCCCCCGCCAUAGCCCCGGGCCAGAUCGUGUGCUCCAACCCACCCUGCGAGGUGCACGAGACGGGCACCACCAACACGGCCACCGUUGCCCGGCCCACGCUGGGUGCCGCCCAGCUGAUCCGCCUGCAGCACGUGCCCUCUGUGCCACAGUGUCAGACGCAGCAGAUCAACGCGACCAGUACAACCAUGAGUGUCAAAGCCACCCUGGGCCCUGGAGGGCCUCCGUGCCCUCUCCAGCGGGUGUGCUCCAACCCACCCUGCGAGACCCACGAGACGGGCACCACCAGCACGGCCACCACGGCCACCGCGAACAUGGGCGCCGGCGGCCCACCCCCUCCGCCUGCAUGCUCCAACCCGCCUUGUGAGACCCACGAGACCGGCACUACCAACACGGCCACCACCGCCACGUCUGCUCUGGGGGCAGGGGAACAGCGGGUGUGCUCCAACCCCCCAUGUGAGACCCACGAGACGGGCACCACCAGCACGGCCACAACCGCCAUGUCUAGCAUGGGCACAGGGCAGCCGGCGCCCGCCAACCGGCUCUGUGAGACUCACCAGACCCACACGACUAACACCCCCACCACAGCCAGGUCAAACAUGGGUGCCGGGGAGCCUGAUGGAGUCCGAGUCCCCUCCAAGCCCCCAUGCCAAACCCACCAAACUAGCUCAACCAGCACCACCAUGACUGUGAAGGCCAACGCUCCCACGGAGCAAGCCGUAGGGGGCCCCAAGGCCUGUUCCGACCCACCCUGUGAGACCCGUGAGGCGGCGGCCACCACCACGGACAGCCCGGGCCCGGCGGGGCCGCCCGCUCAGAGAGGCGAGGCUGGCCUGCCCGGCUCCCCCGGGGCCGGCCCAAGACCGGGAGCACCCAGCGGCCGGCCCUGCGAGACGCACCUCACCCACACGACCAACACCCCCACCACGGCUAGAUCCAACAUGGGCGCCGGGGAGCCCGACGGGGUCCGGGCGCCCGCCAAGCCCCCGUGCCAAACCCAUCAGACUAGCUCGACCGGCACCACGAUGACUGUGAAAGCCACAGAGGCGUUGUGCCCAGCCACCCCUCGGGUCUGCUCCAAUCCUCCCUGUGAAACCCACGAGACGGGCACCACCAACACCGCCACCACCGCCACCUCGAGCAUGGGCGCCGGCAGGCAGCCGGACGCUGCCCAGCGGGUGUGCUCCAACCCCCCUUGUGAAACCCACGAGACGGGCACCACCAACACUGCCACUACCUCGAACGCUGGCGAGGGCCGGCCCCCGGUCUGCUCCAACCCUCCUUGCGAGACCCACGAGACGGGCACCACCAACACAGCCACCACCGCCGCCUCCAACGUGGCCGCCGGUCAGCCCGAAGGUGGGCAGCGACCCCCAGCCAACCCGCCGUGCGAGACGCUUCAAACCACCUCCACCGGCACCACCAUGACGGCCAACGUCGGGGGCGCACCCUCGGCGGCCAGCCCCAAGCACAGGGUUCCGGAGCCGGCCGCGGACUCGACAGCCGGAGCGGGGGCGGCCGCCGCUCCCGGGGCCAGCCCUCCCCGGGCCCUCUCCCCAGCUCAGCGGGUCUGCUCUAACCCCCCUUGUGAAACCCAUGAGACUGGCACCACCCACACAGCCACCACCGUCACCUCUAACAUGGGGGCAAAUCAAGACCAGCCUCCAGCUGCCAACGGCCAAGGGGAGCCCGAGAGCACCCAGGGGGAGAGCGUGACCGCCACCACCACCACCGCCAGCGUCAGCACCGUCGCCACCACCGUCUCUGCUACGCAGACCAGGGCGGUGACCACCGUGACGCAGUCCACGCCGACGCCCGGGCCCUCCGUACCGAACAUCUCGUCCAUGGCGGAGGCUCCCUCGGAGACUGCCACCCCGGCUGCCCCUGUCACCACCCCAGUCGCUGCGGGCCCCGCGCCCGGCACGGAGGCGGCCGAAGCCCAGCUUGCGACCAGUGACAUCCUGCAGCCCUCGGAGGAGAUGCAGGCCGAGACAGAGUCGCAGCAGCAACAGCAACAGCUGCUGCAGGCUGCCACAGCAGCGCCAGUGGGCGAGCCGGCAGAAGCCCUGCCACCCCCGCAGAACCCCGACCUCCCGACGGCCAUGGACAUCGGGGCUCCGGUGGAGCCCCCAGGCCAAGAGACCCCCAGCCCGGCUGUCGUGGCCGCCGUGGUGGUGCAGCCGCCGCCGGUCCCGCCACCUCAGCCGGAGGUGGACCAGUUGGCCCUGCCCCAGGAGCUGAUGGCUGAGGCCCAGCCCGGUACCACGACCCUGAUGGUGACGGGGCUGACCCCGGAGGAACUCGCCGUCACCGCGGCGGCCGAGGCGGCGGCUCAAGCGGCGGCCACCGAAGAGGCCCAGGCCCUGGCCAUCCAGGCUGUGCUGCAGGCUGCCCAACAGGCGGUCAUGGCAGGUGCAGGGGAGCCCAUGGACACCUCAGAGGCAGCCGCCGUGGCCCAGGCCGAGCUGGGGCACCUGUCUGCCGAGGGCCAAGAAGGCCAGCCCACGGCCAUCCCCAUCGUGCUCACUCAGCAGGAGUUGGCAGCCCUGGUGCAGCAGCAGCAGCAGCUCCAGGAAGCCCAAGCGCAGCAGCAGCAGCAACAGCAGCAGCAGCAGCAGCAACAUCAGCACCACCACCUGCCCACUGAGGCCCUGGCCCCGGCCGACAGCUUGAACGACCCGUCCACCGAGAGCAAUGGGCUCAAUGAACUAGCCAGUGCCGUCACGAGCACCGGAGCCCUGCUGCCUUCCACAGCCACAGAGAGCCUAGCUCCGUCCAGUACGUUUGUGGCUCCCCAGCCGGUGGUGGUGGCCAGUCCCGCCAAGCUGCAGGCUGCUGCCACACUAGCUGAGGUGGCCAACGGCCUUGAGUCCACAGCAGCGAAACCCGACCCACCUCCCCCGCCUGUGAAAGUUCCGGUUAAGAAGGAGAACCAGUGGUUCGACGUGGGCGUCAUCAAAGGCGUCACCAAUAUGAUGGUGACCCACUACUUCCUACCACCUGACGAUGCCUCCCCGACGGACGAUGACUCCGGCACCAUCCCCGACUACAACCAGCUAAAGAAGCAAGAACUGCAGCCCGGAACAGCGUACAAGUUCCGUGUGGCUGGGAUCAAUGCCUGUGGGCGGGGCCCCUUCAGUGAAAUCUCAGCUUUCAAGACGUGUCUGCCAGGCUUCCCCGGAGCCCCCUGUGCCAUAAAAAUCAGCAAGAGUCCUGAUGGUGCCCACCUCACCUGGGAGCCCCCUUCCGUCACAUCGGGCAAGAUCAUUGAGUACUCGGUGUACCUGGCCAUCCAGAGCUCACAAACAGGCGAGCAGAAGAGUUCGGCGCCGGCCCAGCUGGCAUUCAUGCGGGUGUACUGCGGGCCCAGCCCGUCCUGCCUCGUGCAGUCGUCGAGCCUUUCCAAUGCCCACAUCGACUAUACCACCAAGCCUGCCAUCAUCUUCCGCAUCGCCGCCCGCAACGAGAAGGGCUACGGCCCCGCCACGCAAGUCAGGUGGCUCCAAGAGUCAAGUAAAGACGGCUCUGGAACAAAGCCUGCGAGCAAGAGGCCCUUCUCCUCCCCGGAAAUGAAAUCAGCUCCAAAGAAGUCCAAGGCAGAUGGCCAGUGAAAGGACAGCUCCAGCCUGUCCCCUGCUCCUGCUCCACCCCCUCGGCUCUGCUUCCGAGACCGACAACGCCUGCUGCCGCCCCGCGCGCCUCCCCUCCCCCAACUUCCACCCCCCGCGUGAGCCGCUGGCCACAGUUUUACCUGCGCUCGUCAUUUUUUAAAGAGGAAAACAAACUGUUGUGAAGAAAGCACAUUUCACCAUUGGGGGAAGAAAGGCAAGGAUGGGGCCAGGAAGACAUGCCCCUCACAGACCCUCUGCUUUGGAUUUGCGCAACGGGACCCUUGGAUAGACGCAGCCCGCCCCAGAGGGCUCAUGGGAGAGAAUGGGGAAUAAACUGAGAGAGGCUGUCAGCCUCCCCAACACGCGCUCUGGGCACUGGCGGUUCCGUGCAGGCUCUGUUCCCGUUCUGUGUUCAAAAACUGAGGGGAAGAAGUUAACUCGUUUUUUUAAAAAAGAAAAAACAAAAAAAAACCAAAAACAAAAAACACAACAAAAAAAAAGCCCACAACAGACACAUUUUGUUUUUCAUCAGCCCUGGGUUUUCCUGGCUGGGGAGCGAGGGGAUGAGGACGGUAAAAAGAGCAAGGAAUGAAAAAAGCACUUGAGCCUUUUUCUCCCCCUUCCCUUGGAAGAUGAUGCUCUGUUCUGCUCCGGACCCCGGGGACCGCUGCCAGCAUUGAAAAGCCCCUUCUGCAUCAGUCACCAAGUGGGGCGUCUCCAGUGGCUGUUUUUUCCUGUUUUUUUUUCCUUUCCAUCUCUUGUUCUCAACCACCCACGCUCCUUAAACCCACCCUCCUGACUCGGCCCCCCCACAGGGCCACAGUUGGGCGGUGCCGAUAAGGGAGCAAAGGACCCAUUGGAGGGGACACCCCUCCUGGAUGGCAGACUCAGCCCCAGCCCGGACGUUUCCAGUCCGUGCAAACUCAGCGGCCUUCUCGCCCCUCCCCUCAAACCAGUUGUUAGUGGUCUUCUGUGGCGUGAGCAGGGCUUUCUAUGAGAGGAAAAAAAAAAACUGAACGGGGCAGCCCGAUCCAUAGGAUGCUUUACUGUGGAGAAGGAGGUCACGGAGGGGCACCCCGCAAAUACUGCUCUCCUGGUCGGGGGGGGGUUGUUUUUGUUUUUACUUGUUGAAGUUGACAGAAUGAAGUUAUCACUUUUUAUUACAAUCUCAAGCGUGUGGGGUUUUUGUUUUUUUUUUGUUUGUUUUUUGUUUUAUUGUCAGCUAUGUACAGAUUGAGUUUGGGGGUGUUUCGUUUUUUGUUCUGGUUUAGUGUCUAAAGUCUUAGGGUGCAGGGCAACAGCAGCAAUGGAGGAAAAGACAUCUGAAGCGGCUUCCCUACCCUCACCCCUCAGCUUGGAGCGGACCGUGGAGCAAGGCUGGGGCGUUCGGGGGUGGGGGGUACCCAGCAACUUCUUUUGAAAAGUGCUUGCAGCUGCUGGCAUCGUGACUUUUGAAAGGGGACGGAUCGGUUGUUUUUUGUUUUUGUUUUUUUCCCCCAAUGCCAACUCUGUUUGCAUGUUGCUGCCACUCCCUCGCCCCCUCCUCCCUGUGGUUGACUUAAUUUCUCCCUUCUCCCACCCCUCCCCUUUUCUCACCAGGAUAAAAAGGGUCCUCCCUGGAGCCAGGUAGCUGCUCCCAGCCUCCUGCCCGACGCCUACAGGGUCGUCCUGGCAAAUCAGGAAGCGUGUCUAGGGCUGGGAGCUUGAAGCGAGCUGGGUACUUUAACCCAGGAUGGAGGAAAGACCAAAAGAGACUGCUGAUUUCACAGCCUCCAGGACUCCCCGUUCAAGUCCGGGCUGCCUGGAAAGUUUUCCCAAACAAAAAAACCCUUUCCCUCCCUCCCAUUGAGCCCUUUUUAGGUUGGGGGACAGGGGAAAAGCCCUGAUAUGAGAGGACUUGCAAAGUUUUUGACUGCUCAUGGGCACCUAAUAGCCCCUGUGGAGCUGCUCAUACCACAGGGAGCUGCUGGGCGAUGCCCCCGCCCCCUCCACAGGUGUGCAUCACAGAGGUUCCCCUGCCCUCCACCGGUCCUAGGGGCCGGGAGGGAACCGAAUCCAAGUGGGCAGCUCCACCGACAAAUUCCAUGAAUUUGUGGACCCGCUUCCACCUCGCCUCCCUGCCAGAGUUGAUGAUGCUGAGCCCGGCUGCCUGCUGUGAGAUCCAAGUUGGGAGGGGGGUCGGCGGGGGGGGAGGGGACGGCUGAGAAAGCUGAACUGGAUGGGCAAAGGGAGAGAGAAGAGCCCUCACCUCCUCAGUGAGCUGCAACCCCUGCAUUCUGGGUUGGCAACACAAGCACUUUUUAAUGUUGUAAAGAGAAUUUCAAACCAAGAACUCCACCUCUGCACCCUGGCCAGCGGUUCCCCCGCCCUGUUCUUGGGAAUGGGGAAACAGCAGCUCUGGCUGUGCCCGCCUCCCUCUGCCCCCUCCCGCCCCCUCCGGGCUCCUGUUCUUUUGUAUUAUAGUGGAUUUCGCUGUGGAAACUUUACCGUUUAGUCUUUUGGAUUCCACUCACCUGGCCCUACCCUCUGUUUUUUUCCCCCCUUUUUGAGAACAGCGUAUCUCUUCCAUUGUAGAGUUAAUCCCCGUGACUCAAUAUUACCAUAGUGCUAUCUGUCGUUUUUGUGCUAUUUUGAACAAUUAAAGACAUUUUUUGGAAA